CCAACAGCCUGGGACCUGCUGCUGCCUUGUGGGAAAGACUACAAGUUAACCAAGAAGCUCACAUGCCACUGACGGUGGGAGCCAGUGGACCUAUUUGACUGUCUGGAAGGGAAUAAUGGAGGGUACAUCUCUAACAUAACAAAGAGUGGUGGACAUAUGACCCAACUGUUAGAGGCAGAGGAAUGUCAAUUUAUUACUGGCUUUUUUUCAUUUUCUAGAUUUGAAAUGGGAUAUUUUUAGGUGUUUUCUUUCUGUGGAUUGUUCGUCUUUGGGGACAGAUGUGAAUACAGACUACAAGGUCAUUUACUGAGCUCACCCAACUGGAGUGUUUUUUUGUUUUUUUUUCGCAUCUGUGACUGAGUUGGUCAGCAGGUGUUUUUAGCAGAAGACGACAACAACAGUGUUACCAUGAACCUGACGCAGCGAAUUAAACUGUUGAAGCACUUCGGCUCUGUGCCUCCCGAGCCUCCUCCACCACUUCUGGUGGUGCCUAAACCAGGCAUGGAGGAGUUAACAAUAUGGGAGCAACAUACAAUAACACUGAACAAGGAUCCCAAGCUGGGGUUUGGUUUUGCCAUAUCAGGGGGCAAGGACAAGCCUCACCCAGACAGUGGGGAUACAGCUGUGGUGGUGUCAGAUGUGCUGCCAAAUGGACCGGCCAUUGGACGACUCUUCAACAAAGACCAAAUCGUCAUGGUGAACGGAACAUCCAUGGAGAACGUCCACUCUAACUACACCAUUCAGAUCCUGAAAGCAUGUGGCAAGACUGCAAAUGUAACAGUGAAACGCCCUCGAAAGAUCCAGAUCCCAGCCACCACCAGACCCACUCGUGCCGCCUCCCACUCCAAUCUGCUGGACCAGGAUCCUCCCAGACAAACGCGACGCUACUCCGACGGCAGCGACAACCGAGACACGUAUCGCUACCGAGCCCGCAGCUCCACGCCCGAUCGCAACGGGCACGGAAACACGCUGCCGUUGAUGUCAUCGGGGUACAAGAGGCUGCCUCAGCAGGACGUUGCAGGCAGACCCAUCAGAACUACUCUGGUUAAAAAGAAAAUCACAGAUGAGUAUGGAUUGAAGCUGGGCAGUCAGAUCUUUAUCAAGCACAUGACAGAAACAGGCCUGGCUGCAAAGGAAGGCACGCUGCAGGAAGGAGACCUUAUUCUCAAGAUCAACGGCAUGACGACGGAGAACCUAUCCCUGCUGGAGACCAAGCACCUGGUGGAGAAGAGCAGGGGAAAACUGACCAUGACGGUCCUCAGGGACGACCGCAAGUUCCUGGUCAGCAUCCCAGAGGUGGCGGACAGCGCCCCCAACAGUGAGGACGACCGUCGCCAAGACAGCAGCUCCGAAUUUGAGGACAUUUCAGACAUUGACGUGGACAUCCCCACUCACAGAACAUCCCGUCAACCCACCAGAGAGAAACGAACACGCAGAACAAGAGCCGAACCUCCUCCUCCCAAGUCUCGGGAUGCAUCACCUGUGCGCUCCACCUUGACUCGGCCUCCUGCGAGAACCUACGCCUCCCGUAGAGCUCCAUCUGAGUCAGAGUCAGAUCACAGCGCCUCUCCUCCUCCUCCUGUCAGGAGAGACCGAGACCGAGACCGAGAAAGUGACAGAGACAUGAGGGAUCAACACAGCAAAUACAAAUCUCUCUCUGGCAUGUCCACCCUCCCCAACCCCCGGUCCUCUCCUGUAGUCCACAACUGGACCACCUCUCGGCCUACCUCCUCCGCCUCGCGGCCCCGCAGGCCCGUGUCAGAGUCGGACUCUGACCGCAGCGCCUCCCCACCUCCACGCAGGGAGAGCCCACGUCCAGACAACAGAUACAAAGUUCUCCCUGAUCUGCCCCUCCCAAGCCUGAGAGCCUCCCCUAUCCCUGUCCGCCAGGAGGGUCCAAGGAGGGUCAACUCACCUGUCAGAAUCCCGUCCCGAGACUCUGAGUCCGAGUCGGACGGCAGCUCAGCUCCUCCUCGGAGGCAGAGCACCUCGUACAACCAGGACUCCCUCAGCAGAUACAGAGUCCUGCCAGAUGUUGCCCUGCAACCCCAGGUGGAGCCGCCACGAUGGAGCGCCACCAGUGAUCUGCCACAGAAAGCUCCUUCAGAAUCUGAGUCAGAGGCCAGUUAUGCGUCUGUCCCUCGCAGGGAGUCCACAGACAGCGGAAACUCCAACACAGUCAACAACAGAUACAGAGUCCUUCCUGAGAUGAAGUCUGCUCCAGUCUCUGUGAAGCAGGAGCCUCCUCGUCGUGUCCAGUCACCCACCAGACCACCUCCUGAUGAUUCCUCAGAGUCAGACCAGCUUUCACAUCUCAGGAGGUCUGGAAGCUCCGAGCGGGAGCAGAACCAUCGCAGUGUUCCUCGAGCUGCUAACGGCACUGGCACCCUCAGGUCUGGGAUUUCGGUGAAGAGCAACCCACCACUCUACUCCAAGCCUGCAGAAGAGCCUAUCUACUCCUUGCCUCCAGAUUCUUACCCAUCACCUAAUCCAGGGUACAGCUCAGACUUGCACACAGUGUCAUUCGUGAAGGAGGGCAGUGUAGGCCUGAGGCUUGUGGGGGGCAAUGAUGUCGGCAUCUUUGUUGGUGGAGUUCAGCCAAACAGCCCUGCAUAUGAAGAGGGAAUGAAAGAGGGGGACCAGAUUAUGCAGGUAAAUAAAGUUGAUUUUGGCCAUUUCACACGUGAAGAGGCGGCCAACUUCCUCCUGAACAUCAAGAAAGGAGAACGAGUGGAAAUUUGCACCCAGAACAAGAUGGACCUUUAUAAGAAGAUCAUUAAGUCCAAUCUGGCAGACAACUUCUACAUUCGUACCCACUUCGACCAUGAAGCAGAGGGCCCCAUUGGUCUGAGCUUCACCAGAGGAGAGGUGUUCAGGGUGGUGGACACAAUGCACCGUGGGAAGCUGGGCAACUGGUUAGCUGUCCGCAUGGGGAACGACCUGCACGAGAUGGAUAAAGGCACCAUCCCCAACCUGGCCAGGGCUGAGACGCUGGCCAGCAUCGAGCAGGCACAGCGGGCGAGUGGAGAGAGGCAGGUGUCGGGACCAAGAGCUGAGUUCUGGAAACUUCGUGGGCUCAGAGGGAACAAAAAGAAUGAAAAGAACGCCCGUCGGACUCGAGAUGACCUGCUGCAGCUCACCAUUCAGGGCAAAUUCCCGGCCUAUGAGAGAGUCUUACUCAGAGAAGCCAAUUUCAAACGGCCCAUUGUCAUUCUGGGUCCUCUUAAUGAUAUUGCCAUGGAGAAGCUGGCCAGAGAGAUGCCUGAUGAAUAUGAGGUGGCAGAAAUGGUCCCUCGCAGUGGAGGAGGAGAGAGUGCCUCCACAGUCAUUAAACUGGACACUGUGAGGAAAAUAGCGGAGAAGGACAAACACCCUCUUCUUGACAUCACUCCCACUGCAGUGGAGAGACUCAACUACAUCCAGUACCACCCGAUGGUGCUGUUCCUGGACCCUCACAGCCGCAAGGACGUCAAGGCCAUGAGGCAGAGGUACAGCCCCAACUCCAACAAGAGCUCCAGACGCCUUUACUCACAGGCCCUCAAGAUGAGGAAACACUGCAGCCACCUGUUCUCAGCACGUGUGGACCUGCAGCCCAACUCCAAUAUUUGGUAUGAGAGUCUGAAGGAUAAGAUCCGCCACCAACAGUCCAAACCUGUCUGGGUGUCUGAAGUCACGUUGGAGAGUGGUGGAGAGCAGGACCUGGAUACUCUGGACCAAACCCAGUCAGACUACCUCAGUGCUGCUAGUGACCUGGAGGACACUGACGGAGAGGCUUUCACAGACGGAGAGGCCUACACUGAUAAUGAGGAGCUUGAGGAGGCUUAUCCCGGUCAGGAGGCAGCCAGGGACCUGCGAGGCUACAGGGGCACCGGAGCCGCCUUAGCCCGAUCAUCUGAGCCAGCCUCCGGGCACCACAGCCCCAGCAUGGACUCCGAGCCUCACGCCGACUCGUACUCGCUCAGAGAAAUCCCGCCUCUGAUGCACGUACCUGAACCCAGAUCCACCCGCCAGGACAAUUACAGCCCAGCUCACAGCACCGCUGAGGAGGAAGACCCUUCUCAUCGCAGUUUUACAGACUCAGACUUCAGCGCUCUUGAUCUAGUCGCACCCACCACUCCAUCAGACGGACCUCCAGACUUUAUAGCCCCCGACCCCACCACUCGGCACUCUGUGAACGAGCCCUCAUACGCUGAGGCAGCGCCUGAGAGCCCACAACAUGCCAGCCUGUCUGCUAUUGAGGAUAAAUUACAGCAGGCUCGCUCAGCAGAGCCACAGGCACAGCCAGAGGAUAAGAAAGGCCCUCAGUUCAUCGUGCUAGCACAUCAUCACCAAGCAGUCCAGUUCAGACGCACACAGAUCCGAGGCAGCGACAGCUCUGAGGAUGAAGAGGAUGAAGAGGAGGAUGACAUUGAAUGGGGUCCUGCGACAGAACUCUAGACACAUCAAGGAUUAAAACUGGAGUCAAAUAGGACAUCGAAACAAUUUCACUCACUUUUAUCUGAGGAUGUUGGUUGGAUGACUCUAAAGGUCCCGCUCAGGUGUGGGGUAGUAGAAACGGCUGUGUUACAGAUUACUGCAACCUUUUACUACGAGUUUUAACAGUCUAACAAAGGGUUCUCAGAUGAACGAAUCAAAGUGCCUGAUGUCUGCUCAGACUUUUAUUUAAAUAACCCCAUGUGAAACAAAUCAGUUUGUCCUUUGUUAUUGUCAUUGUAUGUAACAAAUUGUAGUUGUAUAAGAAACUAAAUGAGUCUCUUUAUAUGGAAAUACGUCAGCACACUUAUGACACAUUUGAAUGCUUCUUUAAUUUUUUUUCUACAUUAAAGUGUUUUAAACUGAUUCAAAAGUGGGUUUGUCUAAUCGCACAAAAUGGCAAAAGCCUAUAAAUGUCUCUGAUGUUGUGUUUCAUUUUGUACUAGGUUUCACAUGAGGAAAUUCAACCAUGAUCACCAAUAAUCACCCAAAUAAGAUAAUAAUGUAACUGAUGUGAAAAUGUUUUGUUACAAACAGCAGUGUGACGCAGAGCGUGGUAACAAUGGCAGUGUUGUGUAUAAAUUCACAUGAACUGAGCUGUGAGUAGAUUAACAAAAACUAAGUGAACAACUCGGCAAAGUAAGUUGUAACAUUCAGGGAGCCUAAAUGCCCCAAUGCUCAGUUACUUUGCAGUAAUAUGAUUUAUUUAUUUAUUUUUAUUUUUUAAAGAAAUUGCUUGGAUAAUGUGAACCUCUUAAACACAGCAUAAACUGAUAUAUGAGGUAUUUUCAACUAAUCUUAACACCUUGUCUUGUACAGGAGCCCUCUGUCAAAAUCUAGUUUUAAUAACUUUGAUAAAUCAGAUGUUGCAUAUUCCUAUAUAACUGUCAAAAAAACUAAAAUUAAAUAAAAAUUACAAACUAA